AGUACUGGCAGGACGAGUGUUUUGUGCGCUGUCCUGAUUCCUGCCGGAGCUGGGCUUUGGGGGCUAUUUUGAGACGGGUUUUAGAAGGUAGCAGAAAAACACAGGAGCCCUUUCCACCUUCUUUAGGCCAUAUUGGACUCUCAGGACAGAAACUACUACAUGCUUCCAGAAGAUGGCAGGGAGAAAAGUCCUAAUAGUCUAUGCACAUCAAGAGCCCAACUUUGAAUGGAUCUUUGAAGAGUGUUGCAGUGGAAGAAUUGGGCAAACAAGGCUGCAGUGUCACAGUGUCUGAUUUAUAUGCAAUGCAGUUUGAGCCAAGAGCAACAAGAAAUGACAUUGUUGGUUGCUUACUCAACUCGGAACAGUUCAAUUACGGAGUUGAGGCACGGGAAGCUUAUAAGAGAGGAAAUUUAUCUGACGAUCUGAUUGAAGAGCAAAAGAAGGUGCAGGAAGCAGACUUACUGAUUUUUCAGUUUCCCUUGUAUUGGUUCAGUAUGCCAGCAAUCAUGAAGGGCUGGAUGGACAGAGUCUUGGUCGAAGGAUUUGCUCACAAAUUUCCAGAUUGUUAUGAUUCCGGUUUGCUCAAGGAUAAAUUAGCCCUGUUUUCUUUCACCACCGGAGGAAGCAGAGAGAUGUAUGCACAAGGAGGUAUCAGUGGUGAUAUUCGCUAUCUCCUGUGGCCCAUGCAGCACGGCAUCAUGCACUACUGUGGUGUCAAAGUCCUUGCUCCUCACAUCUGCUUUGCUCCGGAAUAUGUCUCCGAGGAGAAAAGGAAGGAGAUGCUGCUUGCUUGGGCCCAGCGUCUGAAGACUCUUUGGAAGGAGGAACCUGUUAACUGCUCUCCUGAAUGGUAUUUCAAGUAAUAUUCAGGCACAAUACUAUGAAAUUAGUUUUUUUUCCGUUCUUUUUGGUGCUUUAUCUCAAUAUCUGAAUAAAUAACUAAUCUCAUAACUUGAAUGUAUUACAGAUAUCUUUCUUGAGUAUAUAGGUAGCAGCUUAGCUGACAAUAUACCUCCUGUCUUCAGUGCUGGAUGCUAACUCUUUGUGACAAAUUAUCCUAGAACAUAUAUACAGUGACAUCCUGUCUACUAGUGGCUGGUAAUACAAGCAGUAUUUACUUGCAGAUCAUAUUGUUGUUGAUUAUGAAACAGUAAAGUGCAUUGCCAAGCUUAUUUUAACACUUUUUGCACCAGCUGCGCUUUUUUCAUUGGCCCGGAAAUAUGCUGCCCAGACUCAACAUAGUUGCAGUGCAGCCUGCUCUUUUAAAUGAGAUCUACAUUUGUGUCUUUGAGUUAUGAAGCCAUGCACAGGUUAUGAAGCUGGAUGUACAGCUGCAUAGUGACUUAGACAGCUGGAAACUUAUGGACAAGCCUUAGGCAUUUCCACAUAUCUACAAAAAUAUUAAAGCAAUAUUAAAGCUAUGACAGAUACUAGGGAAAGGAGGGAACAAAUAAAAACAUCCCAUAGCAGUAUGUGCAUGCAUUACCUUUCCUUAUAGAAUGUACAUCUUUGUAAAUCAUUUGUAAAGGACGUAGCUUUCUAAAAUCAAGGAGAAUUCCCUAUUUUUGUUACUUUGAGUAGAGAUAGAAAGGAAUUAAAUCUACUCCCUAUCCCUUUACACCAGUCAGUAUUGCUAUUCAGGCUUGGAGGGCCUAGUACAUACUCUACUUCCUUAGUGUAGAGGAGUGCACCUCCUCACAGGUGUCCAGCACUGCCUUCCCAAAAAACUGCAGGAGCACUGUCUGCCUACAGGCCGGUUAUCUAGUGGAACACAGUGGCUAUCUGGCUCUUAAUAUCUAGGAAUUUUAGCUUGCACUUCGGUGGAAUAAUUUGGAUGCUUGAGAACAGUUAAUGCUUUUUGUGCAUAUAGCAAAGGGUAGAUUUCUUGCUUAGCUUCACAAUUUAUUACCUUGAUCAAAUUAUGUCACAGCUGGCUUUGCACGUUGAUAUUAAAAGAAUGUAGCCUGAUUAAGAAACACCAGUCUUCUGAGUCACUGUCAAAUGACAUUUAGGCCUCUGCAUACAGAGCAUGCACUUGCCAUGCUUUCUUUGUAGCAUCCUUGUUAUGUCCCCACCCUUAUGUUUAUAUAGGGGCUGUUUGGAUAAUAAACUUGCUGAGCCCUGAUUCUGGAGGGGCAGUAUAAACUAACAUGUCAGACCGGGAACUGCAACAGCAGAGAAAGAUGCACAUAGUCCUGUCUGUCACUGUACUAGGUGAAUGGCUACCUCUAGCAGAGACAACAGAGAACCCUGCAAGCACUGCUGUAUAUCCUGAACUGUUGCUGCUUUCUGUUUCAGUGUAUAUGACUCAGAGUCCUUAGAUUACGCAAGCAAGCAAGCAAUUGGCCUUGGUUCAAUAGCUCUUAAGGACAGGAAUCAUCCUUACGUUCACUGUGUUCAGUUAACCUGCCCAUUUAAGAAAGAAGGAAAUGGAUAUGAAAGCAGAAGUUGCAAUUGUCAAACAAAAUGUUACUAUAUUAGAUCAAUUGCAGUGCUUAGUGGGUUUAGCUGUUAGGUGAACAAUUCCCAAAUCGACAUACAUGGUGAAAAUAUACUUCUCUAUACUACUUAGCAUAUGUGUAGCAGCUCUCCCCCCCCCACACACACUGUAGUAUUAAGUACUGGUAUUAGACUGGUUACUUGUAAGUAUACAAGAAUGGCUGUGCUAGGUUAGAACAAGGAUCCUCCAACCCCAAGUUCUGUUUCCCACAGUGGUUGUAAGCUGAUGCCAGGAAAG